UCAGUGUAUGCUGGGAAUCUCUUCUUGGACAUUACUGUGGAUAACGAUUUUAUUUGCAAAAGUCAGAAGAAAAACGGGUUGCAACCAAAUGAAACUUCGGAUAAGUACGCGGCUUUAGUCCCGCAAAAAUAAGUAAAACUCAAAAAUAGUCAGGAAAAUAGUUAAUAUUACAACUAAAAGAAAGUUUCCACUACUGAGAGAGUUUCAAAAAAGUUGAACAGAAUGUGUAAUAACAAAGUAGCAUCUCUAGCGGUCAGUUUUCUGUUGCUGAGUUGUGGGUUAGCGAGAGCAACAGGUUCAUCCAUGACACCCCUCAAAUACCAGAUGAGUUUGUCUAACGAAAACGAUGAUGAUUACUUAUCACAAAAAGAAAACGUUUUGGAAAAAUCAUAUCAUGGAUUAAUACGUGAAAAUGAAACUUUGGUUGAAAUAACACCGCUAAUUAAAGUAGAUGAGGAGAAAAUAUGCAACUUUCGAAUAUUAAAGAAACCAUAUCAUGAAAUACCAUUCCAAAUUGAAUUAAUAAACAAUUUAGGGAUUUUGAAGGCUCGUCGCACACUUAAUUGUGAGAAACGUAAAAGUUAUCAUUUUGAAAUUAUGGCAACUUUUUGCGAUGGCACCCACUCGGCGACGGCUAAUGUUCAUAUAACGGUUAUUGAUAUUAAUGAAUAUGCACCAACAUUCGUUCAACCCUCGUAUGUAACUGAAGUUGAUGAAGGGCGCUUAUAUAAAGAAAUUAUACGCGUUGAGGCGACCGAUAAGGAUUGUACACCUUUAUUUGGCGACGUUUGUAAAUACGAGAUACUCAACAAUGAUCAGCCUUUUAUUAUUGAUAAUGAGGGAUCAAUCAAGAAUACUGAACCAUUAUCGCACAAAGCUUCGCAUAAUCACAUUUUGUCGGUGGUGGCAUACGAUUGCGCGAUGAAAGAGUCGGCUCCAAUUAUGGUGAGCAUUAAGGUGCGUCGGGUUUGUGAUGCGAGAUUCCUAGGAAUUCCCGAACGUAUAGACUACACGGCAUCGACAACAGAAAGCCUUUCGCUCUUCCCAAACGCCCGCCUGGAACUUUGUGACUUAUAUUGCGGCAAACAGAAUUUGAAUAUUCACACCUCUGUGGCUUUGAAGACAAAACAUAUUUCUUUCGGUUGCGAUCGUGACAUUAGCAACUGCUCGACUGGCCUGUCCUUUAUCGACCUAUUGCCGCGAAAUGCUGAAUGGACAAAGGAUCUCAGUUAUGAUGAGGGUUUUGAACCUGUUUUUCAUUUCGAUGGAUCUACUGGUGUUAUCGUACCAGACGCACUUUCUUUUCACCAUGACUUUUCGACUCGCUCUUUCAGUAUAGUUACAAUUUUCAGACACUCCAGCAUGGCGUCAGGCAACAAACACACUAAAGAACACAUCAUUUGCAGUGCCGAUGAUCACAAAAUGAAUCGACAUCAUAUGGCAUUAUUUGUACGCAACUGUCGACUGAUAUUAUUAUUGCGUAAGAAUUUUAACGAAGGCGACUUAAAUAUAUUCAGUCCUGCUGAAUGGCGUUGGAAAAUACCGCACGUCUGCGACAACGAGUGGCAUCACUAUGCUCUAAGCGUCAAUCAAUUGUCCAAAGUUGAAUUAUAUAUUGAUGGGGUGCGUUUUGAAAACUCGGUUGAAGAUCGUCACAAUAACCCAGAGGUCAUAGACGAUUGGCCGUUGCAUGCCGCUCAUGGGGUCAACACUACUCUAUCAGUGGGUGCCUGCUAUCAGAGUUCGGAAAAUCGUUUGAAACAUGGUUUCAAUGGAGAUAUUUCUCAAAUAAAAGUAUCAAUCGAUACGAUACUUUCGGCGGAAGAUGUGCGCUGUGGCACCAAUUGUGCGGAGCACUUGUUACCUCCUCCAGAAAGUUUGCUAGAGGCUGGUUCACAGGUACAAGCCAAUGCUCAAAUGAAUGAAAUUUAUAUUCAAGGUCAAAGCAAAAGCAAUGUCGAACUGCUACUGCAAAAAAUUCAGUAUGUUAACAUUAAAGGUUAUCCAACCAUUGGUCGUCGCAAUAUUGAGGUUCGCACUUCCAUGAUGUGCAUUAAUCAGAGCUCCACUCGUUUACCUACCAUCGAGACCUAUAUCAUGGUCAACGAGCCCAGCCAAUUGGUAAUAUCAGAAGAAGGAGUAGCAGACAAUAGUGAAAUGAAUGUCGGGGAAUUCAAAGACAAAUUUAAGAUAACAACAUAUACGCAAAAGUCUUCUUUCAUAACUAGUAGACCGAGCACUGUAAAUGAUCAGGGGCAGCACAUGCAAGGGGAAAUUAGUAGCGAGGAAAAAGCUAAAAUUAUAAUAAGUGGUAACACAAAUAACUUGGUAUCUUAUCCGGAAAUUAAGCGCGGUGUUCACAUUCUUGGCAAUAUAAACAUAACUGUGGUCAACGCAAACAAUAAAAUUAUGUCAAAUAUGCAAAACUUGGACUCGUGUAGUGUUAUUGUGUUUCCAUCGUUAAAUCCAGACCAUGAGGAAAUUCAGGUAGACAGUGAUGAAUCGCUGUCUUCAACACUGGAUAUAAAGACCAAUAUUAAUAAGGAUGGCGUGGAAAUGAUAGGCAGUGAUGCUAUAGAAAAUUAUUUAGAGGUUUUGAAGGCACUUUUGUACAGUAACAAAAAGCCGGCUUACUAUUUAAAUCGUGUUUUCAAAUUAGCUUGUACACAGCUUAAUUCUGAGUUUAAGAGUCAAGAAUUCACAUUGACUUUAACGGUGUUGCAUCCCAAACUUGCACCCAAGACUACAACUACAACAGCGUCUAUUUUUGGUGUAGCUGAACACUCACCUUAUGGAAUUAGUGGUGUAAAUGGCGGUGUAGGAUCAACAUCGUUUGAUAACAGACUUUUCGCACAUGCUAUGAUGCAUUCACAUGAUGUACAAGAGCCCAAAGUACAUGUCCGUUCAAUUAUACACAAAGCCGAGAGUUCACAUCCGACAAUGCUCAUCAUUUUGAUUUGUGCAUUUUUGGUGAUCGUAUUAUGCGGAGUGUCGAUAGCUCGUCUAAAAAGCAACGGUCUCAAGUAUACGGACAGGCAGCCAUGCCCAAAGAUUGCCGAUGAAAGCUUGGUCUGGGACGAUUCCGCGUUGACGAUUACGAUAAAUCCAAUGCAAACUGAUGCUGUGUCGGAAGAUAGCUCAAACUCUGAAAACUCAGAAUCAGAAGAUGAAGAAGUGGUAAAAGGCCGCGUUUCAAAUGUCAGCCAGUUGGAAUGGGAUAAUUCCAACAUGUUUACCUCGGCUUAUAACUAAAACUAAAAUAACUUUUUGUGUAACGUUCAAAUGCCAUAAGCUUAGGCAUAUAAAUAACUAUAGGUAUUAAACAGAAACCAAUGUAAAGAUAAAAAUUGUAAACAAAACUACAAUGAUACUUUUUUAAACUACAUGUGGUCAAAAAGAAUGCUGUUCAAUCAUUCUUACAGUGUGCGUUGUAAACACUGGAAGCACAUACAUAAAAAAAUAGUUGUAUUUCAUAUAUAUACGUACAUGUAUUAAUUACUUAUCAUGUAUAUGCUGCAAAGGAAAUAAAGUAACAGAGUUAGAGACAGAAUAACGUUCAAUAAUUGACUCGUAAUUAAAUUGUAUUCAUUUAAACACACAAGAUAUGGUAUAUAAACGAGUGCGAGUGUAAAAUUUAUGUAAUACAAAUUAAUAAACAAUGAAACACAAGUAUUGCUUCAUGAUGAUAAUGUAAGAAAAAAUUGUAUUUCAUUUAAUAUAAAAGCCUAGAUAAGCAUUUUGUCUUUUCAAAUAAACAGUGGUUUCGGCAAUAACAUUUUUUGUUCCAUGCUAUGAGCAUGCCAACUAGAAAUACAAAUGAGAAAAAAUAGAAACAAAACAUUAGUAAAUAUACGUGAAUAUGAUAAACACCUGCUAAUACACAAACAAGAAAACGAUAAAUCGAUGCCGUCACCUUAUAGCCAACAAGGACACUAUAGUUAUCCCUACAACACUUAUAUUAAUUAAUAAUAUAACAAAUCUAUAUAAUAUAUGACAGAGUUGUAUGUAUGCUUCGUGUGUCUCUCCAUACAUAUAAGCACAUACAUACAUACGGACCUAGUCUAAUAGAAUUCUCGAUGUACUACUGAGCCUAAUGAGUCCAUGUGAAGAAAUAAAAUAAUGCAACCCGAGAUGGGUAAAUUCAUACAAAUAUUGAUUUAUUCAUUUAAUGACGUUAUUAUCAAAAAGGAAUUUAAUCUAUUUAUAAAAAUUAUGUGAAGAUAUAUUCGAGAUUGAAUAGACACGCGUAUAUUUCAUACGACUGUUUAUGUCGAAUAGAAGAUAUUGAUGAAGCAGCAACUAGCUUAAUACGUAUACUUCUAAUGCGCUUUUAACUGUAAUGAAGCGCCCAAAAGGACUUUCAUACAAAGAGCUUAGCUUGCUGUUAUAAAUUACACUCCUCCCUAUAGACAUAUGUAUGCAUGUACAUAUAGUACAUGAAGCUGGUCGCAUUUUAUAAACACUGCUAUGUAAACCCAAGAAAAGAAAAAA